AUGGAAGCUGUCAGUGACAGAGGUGAAGCUUUGAUCCAUUGCUCGGCACAGAUGCGUGAUGAUGACGAGAUUGUCCGCACUGCUGUGAGCAAUGAUGGUUUGCAACUCUUGAAUGUGUCACCUCGCUUGCGGCAAGAUCGGAACUUGGUGAUGCUGGCGGUGACUGGUAUGACUCUGACGUUAUUGGAAGGGUCACCAGGGUUGAUUCCAAAAGGGCUUAUGGCGGACGCUGCAGCUUAUGAACGCCUUCUAAGGAAACUGAAUCGGAUUGAGCAGUUGGGCACUCAAGUGUAUAAGGGCCUUGCUGAAUGGCCAGGGAGUCAAGGAGUCAUGUUGGCACCCCAUGUCAUCCCAUGUCCCCAUAACAUCCACAUGCCUCCGCUGUCUGUGAGGUUGGCAGCCCUACCAUGUGUCUCGUUGAGCCGACGACUUCGCCGCUCUCGGCCACUCCGAGCCGUGGUCCCGCGGCUGGAGGAUACCAUGACGGAAAUCUUUGCGUCCUAUGGCGAAUUUGCCACCGGAAUUGCUGGAGGUCGCUGGUCCCUAGAGGAGGAGGAUGACAUCGACGGCUCUGUCACCUACAGCCGUUUUCGCGUUGAUGACAUCCCUGCACGGCAAGGUGGCACCGUGGGGAACACACUGCGGCGCACCUUGCUACGGCAGGACUUUUUCCGGAGCUUUGCUCCAGUGGCCUUUCGCCUGCGGCAUCGCUCCUUUCAGGUGGACAAGGGGAAGGUAUUCGUCUCCCGAGCGAAGCCUGCAUUGCAUGAAUUUGCUUCAGUGCCGGGGGUGCAGGAAUCCAUGAUCGAUGUGGUGCGCUUUGUGCAGCACCUCACAGUGGCACCAGGUGUUGCGCCCGAGCUUCCCUUGGCUGCAGCUGCCUCCAACUCCACACAGCCAGACAGUGCCUCUGCCUUCGACGAAAUUUGGAGAAGAACUUUCAAUGCAUUCUUUUAA